AUGUUAUUGCCACUGUUUGGCGUCGCAUUCGUAGGGCUCGCGGCCGCGACAUGCUAUGAGCCGUCGUAUGCGCUUCCUCCGCCUGAAUAUGAUCAGGACCAUCCGAUUUUGAAGGAUGCCUGGACGAACCUUCACGAUGUACUCACAAUCGCUCUAGGUGACCCUAAAUACAACUCUACAUCCAUAUCCGUCGAGGUCACUUCCUCAAAACAAUCGCUAUGGGAGUUCCACCAUACCGCGCGCGCACGGAAUGCAUCUCGUCCCGAUAUACCUCAGGUCGACGGGAGCGCACUCUACCGCAUUGCGAGCAUCACCAAGGCGUUCACUGUGCUGGGCUUGCUGCAGCAACAUGCGGCAGGUAAUCUCAGCCUUGACGACUCUGUAGAGAAGUACUUGACUGAGCUGAAGGGACCUCAGAAUGGCACGUUGCCAUGGAAGGAUAUAACGCUGCGAUCUCUGGCAAGCCAGCUCAGUGGCAUACCGCGCGAACUGGCUCAAUCCGAUAUGAUCAAUGCUGGAAACAUGGACCAAAUAACGGGUGAAUGGGGGCUUCCGCCGGUGUCGAGAGAAGGCCUUAUGACUUGCGACGAGUACUCGGACAAUUAUCAUAGCCCAUGCACCGCAAGCGACCUGAUUCGAUCUGUCAAAGCCGACCAUCCCACAUUCGCGCCGAACCAACAGUCGACCUACUCCAACGUUGCCUUUGAAUUGCUUGGGCUUGUAAUUGCGAAUGUUACAAAUAAAGCAUACGAGUCAUACAUCGAUGAAGCUAUAUUUAAGCCGCUGGAGAUGGGUAGGAGUACCUUCUCUAACCCACCAGACAGUGAGGGCGUGAUUCCCCUGUGGCCGCAUUACUGGGAUGUGGACGAGGGCAAUCCCACUGGUGGCAUAUUUACAUCGUCCAACGACAUGUCCAAGUUCUUGCGCCAUGUUCUGACCAGGUACAAUGGCAUCACACACGCUCUCAAUUGGAUGCACCCGGUAUCGCCGUCCAAAGACCUGCACAGCUUUUAUGGCAUGCCGUGGGAGAUCUUUCAGAGCGACCGCGUCUUGACUAGCUCGCAACGCGCAGUCAGAUUCAUCACCAAAGGUGGCGGCCUUCCAAGUUAUACAUCUCAGAUUGUCUUGAUUCCGCAGUACGAUCUAGGAGUCACCCUACUGUUAGCCGGCCCUUCCGACUUUUUCGAAACGCUGCGUGAAAUCGUUACCAUCGAACUGGCCCGUGCGGCUGAACAGAUUGCGAUUGCAACACUAGAGGAGAGCUACGCAGGACGGUACAUCGCCGCGGAUCCCAGACUCAACUCGUCCCUGAUACUGAGGGUUGACCACCGUGGGUUGGUUGUAGAAGAGUUUAUAUCCAACUCGACCAACAUGUUGCAGUCGAGCCUCCUUCGAUCCCUCGGCCGACCGGACGACAAACCGUGGUAUUUGCUCUUGGUCCCAACAUUAUUAUAUCGCGACGAGGAGAACCAAAAGGGUGAAAUCUGGCGUUUGCAGAUUGCUAGCGAGCGACCGAAAGGAGAAACAGAUGUCUGGGACGAUUUCUGCGUCAACGACGUCGAGGGGCCGUGGUAUGCCGGCAUCCCUAUCAACCAGGCCGUCAUCUGGAAAGGUCGGAGCGGGCUCGUCUACGACAUUGAUCUGGAAGGUUUCAGAGCCAGUCUGGUCCGCAUUUUCGCGCAUGGUCAUGCUGCAUCGCAUGUGGAAGAGACAGAGCAGAUGGAGUUGUAG